UUUUUUUAUUGCAUAGAAAACUAUAAGGGCUAUCCAUGGGAGCCACACAAAUAGGGGGCAUUCGCAGAGGUUUAUUGGUCUUAACACCUCUAAUGUCAAUGGGUGCUCUGCAUUCUUCACAUGCCGCAUGGUACGAAGCAAGAGAAUAUUUUGAGAAAACAGUGAAUCUGGGGGGAAAAGCAACGUGGUGCUAACAGUAUGAACUAGCAUCCAGCUGGAAGUUCCAGCACUAGUGCUAUUUGACAGAUUCCAGGGCCAAUGAAUAGCAAGGCCUCAGGGACAUAUUGCUUGAGAGUGAAAUAUGAUUCACAACACAGUUUUUAGGCAUCGAGAAUAUCUAGGAAAGCGUUUUAUCCACUUAUUUCCUAAAGACUGACUCACGCUUAUGACUAAACCAAACACUACACAAAAUAUCUAGGAAAGCGUAUUAUCCACAUAUUUCCUAAAGACUGACUCACGCUUAUGACUAAACCAAACGCUACACAAAAAAAUAUACUCAAUGGGCAUGACAUGAGGAAAAUAUUGUGAUUCGUAUUCCUCUAAGUCUUUAUUCACAGCAGAAAUUCUUGUCAAUUUCUUGUGAAAGAGGAGGCAAGGUAUAGCAUGUGGCCAACAUUUUGAUGCCAUAUGUGACCGGUUACAGUAUAUAUAUAAUAUACAGACACAGACACACACACACACAACCGGUCAAAUGUUUUAGAACACCUACCUAGAACACCUUAAAUGGUUUUCCUUUAUUUUUUACAUUGUAGAAUAAUAGUGAAGACAUCAAAACAAAACACACAUGGAAUCAUGUAGUAACCAAAAGUGUUAAACAAAUCCAAAUAUAUUCUUCAAAGUAAACACCCUUUGCCUUGAUGACAGAUUUGCACACUCUUAGCAUUCUCUCCAAAAAUGCAUCCUGUUUGCAAAAAGGCAUUAAAGUAAUAACACAAAAAAAUGAGGCAAAGCAAUUAACUUUGUGUCCUGAAUACUAGGUGUUGUGUUGUAUUUGCGAAAACAUAUUACUGAGUACCAUAUGCUCCAUAUUUUGAAGCAUAGUGUUAGCUGCAUCGUGUUAUGGGUAUGCUUGAAAUCACUAAGAACGGAAGUUUUUUUUGAAAGCACAGGAAAAUCCUAGAAGAAAACCUGGUUCAGUCUACUUUCCACCAGACACUAGUAGAUGAAUUCACCCUUCAGCAGGACAAUAACCUAAAACACAAGGCCAAAUCUAUACUGGAGUUGCUUACCAAGAAGACAGUGAAAGUUCCCGAGUGGCCGAGUUCCUGUUUUGACUUAAAUCUACGGCAAGAAAAUGGUUGUCUAGCGAUGAUCAACAACCAACUUGACAGAACUUAAGAAUUUUGAAAAUAAUAAAAUGGGCAAAUGUCACACAAUACAGGUGUGGAAACCUCUUAGACUUAGCCAGAAACACUCACAGCUGUAAUCAAUGCCAAAUAUUCUAACAUGUAUUGACUCAGGGGUGUCAAUACUUAUGUAAAUGAGAUAUUUCUGCAUUUCAUUUCCACAACAUUAAAAAAAUAUAUGUUUUCAUUGUAAUUAUGAGGUAUAUAUGUAGAAGGAUGAUAAAAAAAUAUAUAUUUAAUCCAUUUUUAAUACAGGCUGUAACAACAAAAUGUGGAAUAAGUCAAGGGAUAUGAAUACUUUCUGAAGGCGCUGUAGAUUGUUCUGAAGACAUGUUGAUUGAGGAAACUAUUUGGUUCUCACUGUCGGGGCCUUCGAUCACAAGGACAUCAAACUGAGGAGCACAGCGCGCACACACAUCCCAAACACAAACAAAACUAUAAAAGCCAAGUCCUUUCUGAUGGAGGUUUGACAUUCAUUCAGCUCUUUUGUGGCUAGCUUGUCCCUCGAUGUACAGUAACUGGUUGAUUUAUUGUCACUCAUGUUUACUUAUUGUCACUCAUAUUGUUAAUCCACUGUGCAAGAAAGGGACAGAAACACACAGUGGCAUCAAUAACAUACGUGUGCUUAACCCUCAAUUAAGAGUACUUAGCACCUUAAAUUCCUUUGGCAUGUAAAGAGGCAGCGUUUAUUGCUGAAAUGUUCCCGAGGGUGACACACAACUACCAUUAAAAAGGACUACCUUCAGGUGUGAAGGCAAGCCAAAGAUACGUUGCACACAUACCAUUACUUUGAGCAGUAAAAUCACAAAGCUUGAUACAAGUAUCAAAAGUAAUUAGCAAGGUGUGCCUCUGUAUAAAGACGAGUCAUAGGGAAGGAAAGGCUAUUGGAUACAAAGCCGCUCCCUUCUUUGCUCUUUCAGACAGGGCGAAAAAUAAACUUUCAACACCUGACAAAGAAACGAGACACAGUGCAGAACCAACAAGAGUGAGCGAGAGAGAGAUGGAGAGGUGGAGGGGGGAGAAACAGGGGUGGGGAAGGCCCUCCGCCCAGAGGGUUGGAGGGGGGUCAGUGACUGUGAGCACAACCACAAAAGGGGAGGGCACAUAUGUCAAAAAUAUUUAAGAUGCACCAGCCACAGCAGUGCUUUACUGAGGAGCAAAGAGCCUGAGCAAACAGUUGGCUAAAGGGAGCUUCACUUCAACCAGUCAGGACUUUGAUUCCUAACUCACUCCAACCAAUCCUGUUCACUUAGCCUCUUCAGGACCUCCAGCACCGCUAAAGAAUCAGACUGGACCAGGACAGCUUGUAUUCCAGCAGAGCAAGAACAUAGGUGCAAGUAUCUCAUUUUUGAAACAUAGAAAAUGGUUAAGAUGUCUUUGCGCACGGUGGCUCUGACUGUCACCCUGCUGCUGGUGCUGACAGAAGCGUGGGCGCAGAACCCAAGGAAGAGGCUGGCGCCACCCAAGCCUCCAAAGGCACAGUGCUGCGAUGAGGUGCGCUCCCUGAAGGUACAGGUGGCCAACCUAACCAGCAUCCUGGAGGAGCUGAACCGCAAGCAGGAGGCAGACUUGAUGAACGUAGUUCGGCAGAUGAUGGAGCUGGACAAGCAGAACCGGCAGCAGGAGGCCCGCGUCACAGAGGCCGAGAGCAAGUAUUCCGAGAUCAACAACCGGGUGGAGAUCAUGCAGCUACAAGCCGUCGAGUCUGCCAUUCAGACCUCGUCAGAUGCUGUCUACGACUGCGCAUCCCUGUACACCAAGAACUACAAGAUCUCGGGGGAGUACAAACUGCCUGCAGAUGACUUCCUGAAUACCCCUGAGAUCAACGUAUUCUGUGACAUGGAAAGCAAUGGCGGUGGGUGGACGAUCAUCCAGAGACGCAAGGUGGGCCUGACCUCCUUCAACCGCGACUGGAAACAGUACAAGAACGGCUUUGGCACCAUCCGCGGAGACUUCUGGCUGGGCAAUGACAACGUCUUCCGUAUGACAAGGCAACCCAGCACACUGAGGAUAGAGAUGGAGGACUGGGAAGGCCAGACCCGCUUUGCAGAGUACAGCUACUUCACAGUGAAAAACGAGUUGAACAGCUACAAACUCUUCAUCGCCAACUAUAGUGGAAACGCCGGGGACUCUCUGCGCUACCACAACAACACCAACUUCAGCACCAAGGGCAAGGACAAUGACAAAUGUGUGGACGACUGUGCUUCACUACGCAAAGGUGGUUACUGGUACAACUGUUGCACUGACUCCAACCUGAAUGGUGUGUUCUAUCGCUAUGGCGACCACAUCAAGAACUCAGAUGGAAUCACUUGGUACGGCUGGCACGGGCCCAACUACUCCCUGAAGAGGGUGGAGAUGAAGAUCCGGCCACAGAAUUUUCAACCAUAAACGCUUCGAACUUCGAACCCUGGAUGAUGUGCAUGCUUGCCGAGAGAUUUAACAAAGCCUCUGAGAAACCAAAGUCUUUCCCCUUGACCUUUGUUAUUGCCUGGAAUAUUUCUAUGGGUUGAAUGCGUAAUGCAUUUAACAUGUUUGAUUGUAAAUUGUAGUUAGUUUUGUAUUUAUCGUUGAAAUACUUUAUUUUCUUAAAAGCUUUACAGAAGCCUCUUUACCACUGUUCUGUAAGGGUAACUGAAUGUUGCUUCCCUCCAUCUGUCUCAAAGCAAUAGGGUAUAUUUAUCAGUCCUAACUCAAGCUGUCUACUAGCCUGUGGUUAAGUUGAUUACAUGUAUUUGGCAGGUAUGACAAUGCAAAAAAAAAAAAAGAAUGAAGAUCCAUCAAGUGUUUUGCAAUGGGCCUUUGUGAGCUGCUGGAAUGGGAA